AGACACAAUCUUUUUGCUGAAACGUCCAAUAAGGUGAAGUUAAAUGCUUUCUACCAGAUUAUUUUCAACAAUUAGAUCACUUAAAGUAAUGGAGUUGAAAGAAGUCGUAAAAAAGUUAAAUCAAUUUGCCCCAACUUCAUUGGCAGAGAAAUGGGACAAUGUUGGACUAUUGAUAGAGCCAUCAUCACCAUUACAAGUGAAGACAAUCAUGCUGACCAAUGAUUUAACCCCUCCAGUAAUGGAUGAAGCUGUUGCCAAGGGAACCAAUUUAAUCAUUUCAUAUCAUCCACCAAUAUUUACUGGGAUGAAAUGUGUCACUCAGAAAUCAUGGAAGGAGAGAAUCGUGACAAAAUGUUUGGAGAAUAGGAUAGGAGUUUUCUCCCCUCAUACAAGCUACGAUUGUGUUGAAAAUGGAGUAAAUGAUUGGUUAAUAAACGCAUUUGAUGUUAUUGAUGUCAGACCAAUACAGAAUGCAAUGGAACUUCACAGUAACAUGUCAAAUAGUAUAAGUUGUUGUGUACCAAGAACACAGUGUGACAAAUUGCAGGAAGAUUUGUCUGGCAUUCCUCAUAUAAGGUUACCUCCUCUUUCUGCUGAAACAGAUGACCUAAUGAUUACAGUUGCUUGUUCACAGAACAAUGUUAGUAAAGUGGUUAAUGUAAUGAACAAGUAUACAGCACAGUUCAUAGAGGUUAAACAGAUGUCAAAGGUCAGUUCAUAGAGGUUAAACAGAUGUCAAAGGUCAGUUCAGAGAGGUUAAACAGAUGUAAAAGGUCAGUUCAUAGAGGUUAAACAUAUGUCAAAGGUCAGUUCAUAGAGGUUAAACAUAUGUCAAAGGUCAGUUCAUAGAGGUUAAACAGAUGUCAAAGGUCAGUUCAUAGAGGUUAAAUAGAUGUCAAAGGUCAAUUCAUAGAGGUUAAACUGAUGUCAAAGGUCAGUUCAUAUCAAACCUUU